AGUGAAUGCUAAGUGAAUAAAGUUGUCCUGAGAAGAGAUUAAUAGGUAGCUGGCACUAGUGAGUACUCAGAGGGAAAAAUCCUAACUCCAGACUGUCUUCCAAUUAAGGGCAAGAAGGACACGGUUAAAUAAUUACUGUUAAUACCUAAAUGGCUUUUAUUAAAAGCUGCUAACACUAUAAGUUCCAAAAAACCUCGCGAUGCCCUGGUCCUUUAUCUCCCACCGUGCCUUGCGCGGCGCAGGCGCUGUUACUUACGGCUGAGUCUCGGGAGCCAGAACUACACCUCCCAGAAAGCGUGCCGGGAUGUCGUUGGUUUGUUUCCGGAAAUGGGUCCCUAGCAAGGUGGGACUUAGGGCUGAGAGCUGUCAAUUGGUCAAGGUACGAGAUCGACGGUUAUACUGACUAAUGGGAACAAGCGACUGCCGAUGGGGCCCCACCAAAGAGGAGCAAGAGGUGCUGGCGGCGGCGGCGGCAGAUGUAGACCGACGCUGCUCAGGGCAGAAGACCUUCCGCGUACGAAGCUUAUCUUUGACGGUCUCCGUCUGCUUCUGCCCUUGACUUGUGACGCUAGGCCCUUUUGGGCUCCUCUGACCCAACUAGCCAGACUCCAGACCCAAACCAUGUUCCCGGUGAAGGUGAAAGUGGAGAAAUCAGGAAGUCCCAGGGCUGGCCAAAGCAUAUCCCCAAGUGUCCUUCCAGGCUCUGAGCACUGUGCCAAAGCACCUACUAGCUGGAAGAGGAGAGCAAACACCUCACAGGAGUUGGAGAUGGCCAAGGCCCGGAACCAACUGGACGCCGUUCUGCAGUGUCUGCUGGAGAAGAGCCACAUGGACAGGGAGCGUCUGGAUGAGGAAGCCAGGAAGACCCCCUCAGACACCCACAGCAAGGAUUGCUCCAUUGUGGCCACUGGCAAACGGCCAUCUGCCCGCUUCCCCCACCAGCGGAGGAAGAAGAGAAGGGAGAUGGAUGAUGGGCUGGCCGAAGGAGGGCCACAACGAUCUAACACGUAUGUGAUUAAGCUGUUUGACCGGAGUGUGGACUUAGCUCAGUUCAGUGAGAACACACCGCUGUACCCAAUCUGCCGUGCCUGGAUGCGCAACAGCCCCACAGUGCGUGAGCACGAACGCUCACCCAGCUCACCGUUGCCCCCACUGCCCGAGGAUGAGGAGGUAGGAUGGGUGGUAGGCCCCUGCCCAACAGCCAGGGAGGGAGUGGGUGGUUGGUCUAGGACCAAGGUACCCUCCUCACAAGCUAUUUGGGAUAGACAGGCAGUUUUCUGUGUCCCUUAAAUGUCUCCUGGAUCCAUUGAGGCACACAGAUAUGAACCCUUAUACUAGGAGUAUGGAUGGAGCUCUCCAGAGCAGACACACAUGGCUACCUGUACUGAGAGAAAGAGGGGACAGGGUUCACCUGGGCAGAUAUGUGUGACCUCUAAGAUUGGGAUCCCCAAGAGCUGGGGGGCUGGAAAGGGGUCCUUAGUGUAAACAGGUAUAGCCACCUGAUCUAAAGGAGCAGAUGGGGAUGCCCUAGGGCCGUGGUUGGCAAACUGCGG